CCUCCGAUUUUUCAGAAGUAGAAAAAAAGACGACGACUCAUUUUCAGAGGUGAGGAUCUUCGAGGAUUUCUUGGUGUUGGUUUGACUCAUGGCUUCCAAGCGGAUCUUGAAAGAACUCAAGGAUCUUCAGAAAGAUCCUCCUACCUCUUGCAGCGCAGGCCCAGUGGCAGAAGACAUGUUUCACUGGCAAGCUACAAUUAUGGGGCCUCCCGACAGCCCCUAUGCUGGUGGAGUCUUUCUAGUUACUAUUCACUUUCCUCCGGAUUAUCCAUUUAAGCCACCUAAGGUAGCUUUCAGGACAAAGGUUUUCCACCCGAACAUCAACAGCAACGGAAGCAUAUGUCUUGAUAUAUUGAAGGAACAAUGGAGCCCAGCUCUAACGAUUUCCAAGGUUUUGCUAUCGAUUUGCUCGCUGUUGACGGACCCCAACCCAGACGAUCCGCUUGUGCCCGAGAUUGCUCACAUGUACAAGACCGACAGGAGCAAGUAUGAGACAACUGCACGAAGCUGGACCCAGAAGUAUGCAAUGGGGUAAUUUCAAUCAAAUUGGGGGAAAUGAUGGGACCCUUUUUCCUUUUGGGUUUUGCUACUACUUUUCUUAAUGAAUGAAAGAUGUGUGACUGUUUUCAUGUAUUGUAAGAUAGGGUUUGGAUGGAUGGAAGGAAAAGGGUGGUAACAAAACAUGUCCUUAAAACACACCUUUUUUUGCUUUGCGUUCCUAAACAAUUUAAUCUUCUUCUAUUUCUACUUAAGUUUUUUA